CAUCUGCGCCUUCCCCAGGAUUUCAAACGCAAAACCCUAGCUCGCGUUCACAUUUGUCCUAGGCCACACCUCUAUGGACGUCGACGGCGGCCGCCUCCCGUCGCCGGCGACGGAGGAGGAGACGGUCGCGCGAAGGCGCUCCCGCCGCGUGAGCUUCGCGGAUACCACCGCGAUUCGCGUGUUCGACCGCGACGAGGACUUCGAGACGCCCCCCGAGGAGCGCUCCGCGUCCCCUUCCCCCGGGAGGUCCUCGGCGGAGCGGGAGGACGGGGACGAUACGGAGGACGAGGAGUUCCCGCGGCCCCCGGUUUUCUUCCCGAGGGAGGUCGACUCGUCGUCCCCCGGCAGCGGCGCCGGAUCCAUCGCUUCCAAUGACGAUGAGAACUUCUUUGGACCUGUAUCAUCAAGCUUUAUUCAAUCAGGAAGACCAUCAGAUUCUGGAAUAUCAGAGGAUGACAACCAUGAUAUAACUUUAGAUUCCAAGACAUUCUCUUUGCAUUUUCGCAAUAUUGCUCCCCCAGAUGACUGUACAACCAACUCAGCUGGAAGUCUAAGGACACCUAAUACAACAUCUAAGGGACUCCUAGAGGAACUGAAUGUAUCUGAGCCUGGAAGAAAAUCGAGUAGUGGCCGGGAUGCAUUAACUGACAUGAGUUUGCUGACUGGUAACCCCAGAAGUUAUGAUUAUAGUAAGCUGUCACCUACGUUGAACAGUGUAAUGCAGAAGAUAAAACAGGUCCAGCAAACAAAGUCUCCUAAGACUGGUUUUGCUGAUGUAACUCCUGAUUGUGUUUUAAAUUUGGCUACAUCUGAGAAAGAACACAUGGAAGAGAAUUCAUGCAUUGGCAAUGGUAUAUCUUCUGAUGAGCUGGGCGCUGUUAAUACUAUCGAAGAGCACAUUUAUGUGAGAAAUCCAGUCCCAACCAGCACUGAUCCAAUUCAAGAAGAUAAUGAGAUGAUAAUUGAUGAUUAUGAGAAAUCUCAGGAGAACUGCAAGCAUGACCACAAGGUUGUAGACCCUGGUGUCAAUAAUACUGUAGAACCUCCUGCAAAGUUCUCUCCAUAUAAAUCCUUUACGAGUAAUGUUGACUUGCAACCCCAUCUCUUGCAUCAAUCAUCGUCAAAAGAUCAUCUGUCUGGAUCAAAUGGCAGCAGAAGUGCCUCCUCCAUCAGUAAUGUUGACUUGGAACCCCAUCUCCUGGAUCAACCAUUGUCAAAGGAUCAAAUACCUGGAACAAAUCAUAUUACAGAAGCUUCCCAAUUGCCCACUGCUGCUCCUGCCUUUUCUCUGAAGGAUGCUGAGCAGCUGCACCAACAAAAUGAGGUGAUGGAUACAGAAAUUGUUGUACAUACUCCGAGAACUGUAGGUCAGCCGCUGCAAGUUCCACAAGGCUCUAUAUCCUCCCUACGCGCAAAAAGACAGAAACUCUUCUGUUCUACUCCUAUAUCCAGUAGUAAAUUGGCAAGCCAGGAGGCUUGUUCUUUGGGUAGCGAGUUUGUUGAACAUGGCAAGAGAAUUUCUGCUCUGGAGAAUGUACUGAAGAUCAGGAAGCUUCAAGAAUCACCUGCAGCUUCCUGGUUACCAUUGGUCAAGAGGAAUGAACUUGGUCUUCAAGCAAAUGACAUAUUCAGCAACGCUGAAGAUCACAAUCAGCUGAAGAGAACCGGUGAGUCUUUUAUUCUAGGCGCUCCUCCUGGACAGAGGCUAAAUGAGGCCACUAAGAUUCAGAAUACAUCACGUGAUGUCCUUACUUUGGAUAGCCAACCUAGUCGUGAAUGCAAUUCUCUUCUGGAUUUAGAUGGUGGUGGAAGAAAGAGAAGUGUUGAAGAAAAUGGUCAUGCUGUGCAAGAGCAGCCUGAGGAAACAGCUAAGGCAGCCAGAAGCCCUAGAAACUCAGGAAAACAGCUUACUUGUGUAUCUCAGUCUUCUUGUAUGGUUGAAGAAAAACAGAGUGAUGCUCAUGAUAAUGGGAAGUCAGUAAAUGUUGACUGGAACAAGGUUGUGUGUAUCAUCUCAAAUGCCACGGAGCAAGUUUUCUCAGCAUCUAUAAAUAAGCUUAGUUUACAACAGCUUGAUAUGCUAGGCGAUAAGCUGGAUGAGAUUCAGAUGGCUAGAAAAUUUAAAAGGCUUUCUUCUGCUGUGAGGAUUCGAGAUUGCUGUAGUGAUCAGCAAAAUAGAUUAGUGGAGGCAAGAUCUCUCCAUGACAAGCUUUUGUAUGAAAAAGCAAAGCUGCAAAUAAAUAAUAUGAAGCUGGCUAAACUCACAAAUAAGGCUCAGCUAUGUCAAGUCGGAAUUCAAGAGUGCUGCUUUCUGAAAUCGAAGAUUUCAGGUGCUGCACAAAUGAAGGAUGCUUCUCUUCAUGCAGCAACUUCGAUCAAUGCCAGUGAUAGACAGGAAGCGCUAGCUAUUGUGACUAAAAAGAGGCUUGAACUCAACAUUAUUCAACAGAAGGUGGAGAACUUAAGGAGUUCCCUUGAAUGUGUUUGCAAUAUUAAAGGUGACAUUAGCAGUGAUAGUGUAAUGAGGUCUGCUGAAGAGCUGUUGGAGAUGAGAAAUCAGUGUCGCAUCAUCCACCAGCAAGCAGGGCUUUGGGAGCUGAAUGACAUAGUUAAAAGGGACAACAAGCGUGAUGUCAUCCUCAACUAUCACAAUUUGCUGUUCCAAAGGAUCAUCUUAAACAUCAGCGAUAUGUCUAGCAUAUUUGUGAAUAAUUCACUGAAUGGAACCAAAAUAGGACAGACAUUUCCACACUUGGAUGCAUCUGUGGCAUUCAAUUUUGUUUUUAAAGCUGAGAAGAACCACAGAGUUAGUGAUUUACGGUCCUUGCAGAAGAAGACAAUGGAAACAAGUUUGCUUCUGGGUAAUCUUAUUGAUGUUCUAGAAGAAAUCAAGGUUGCUAAAAUUGAGUUACCGAAUCUGACCUCCGCUGCUUUUGUUUUGGAGUCCCAGACAUGUCAACUUGGCCUCCGUCUGUGCUUCAUGAGUUUCAAAAGCGGCAAGAGGAUUGCUUUCACCAUUGACAUGACAGACUUGAACCGCUCGGUCUAUCCAUCUGCGCCAUCUGAGUUGCUGAUCAAGGUUUGUGAAGUGCAGACAACGCUAGCACAGCCAAACAUAAUCGAGGCUAUGGUUUCUAUAAGGAACCUUCAACCGGGUCGCGCGGCGAUACUAAGGCUGUGCCGGAUAGUAUCUCAGCUAAUUCAUUCUUUACCAGGCUGACCCGAUUGUUGGAGUACAAUAUGUAAGAAGUCGUGUGGCAGUAGGCACCACCAGUGUUGGCUUUGUAUGUAUGUUCUUGUGCAGCCUGUGAUUGUUAUUUGGACCCAUAAACCAGUCCUUUCCAUGGAAUAUGCGCCGUAAAUACACCUAGAAAUUGAUACCUUUUACUAACAGUCGAGUGGGUAUGGUCUUGUAAGUGGAGUGGCAUCUGCAAGCAAGUGGCUUUGGUCCCAGUAACUCUUGGUCUCUCUCAAAAACUAGGUCUUGGCAGCGGUC